CCGAGCAGCGGAUCAAUCCGGGACCUGCACCAGGAUUUAUUUCAUUCUUAUGAAACUUCACUCAUAGCCGGAGCUCUCCUCCCAUGGUGUCCCCGGGAGACUCCCCGGCCUCUACUCGACUUCACGGAAACUAUCGGCGACCGUUUGGGGGUCUUGAAAAUCAUGGAAACGUGGUUAUUGAAUCACGUCCUCGGUGUGUCUCUGUCGGUCCUCCUGCUGGGUCUGCCGGGGCCCCUCGGGGCAGGGACCCCCGGUAACAACAGCACGGAUCCGGUAACGGCAGGAUUGUAUUAUUCAGCCGGCACAGAUGAACUCAGUUACAUGGAAAACAAUGCAACUUCCACUUCAUACUCCAGCGAAAGUUUAUCACCAUCACAGAGGAACAUCCUGCUCACACACACUGCUGAGACACACACUGCUGCUGCAAACCUCGACGCUGAGCAGACACAAACCUUCACAGAAACAAGCAGCAGGUCAUUGGAAGCAGUACAUCUGUCUACUGAGCCACUCACCUCCACCCUUGUUGUAGCCACCACUGAGGCCAGCAGUGAUGAUAGCAGCAGCAGCAGCAUCGGCGGUAGCACCAGCAGCAGCAGCAGCAGUGGCGGCACUGGUAGCAGUAGUAGCAGAUUUUACUAA